AGCACCGUAUGCACUCCUUCUCGCUUGUUGCUGCUGUUGUCUGACUCAUCGGACUUUCGGCGCUGCGGCUUCCCCCGUACGUGGACGGGCAACGCCUCGCGGAGAUCUUCUUCUGUGCUUCUCACUACUACUCUUUUUACGAGUACUAUUCCUAUUAUUGAUGCUGAAGAGGCGCAUACGCUUCUGUGCGAGUGGCAACGAUUCUCUUUUUUAUCUUUUCUUCUUUUUGAUUGCCACGACGAGGUAUUUCUGCGAGAACCAAAACGCUUGUUUUUUUUUUUCUAUCCCAUCUUAAUCAUCUGCGUUUCUUCACAGUGAAGUCUUCUCUUCUCUGCUGGAGGUGGGAUCUUUUGGCAUAACUAUAUACGAAAGCAAGUAGGAGGAAAGCUAAAGUAGCACAUGUCGGACGACGAAGGCUUCGGUGACCUAUUCGGCGGCGCCGAGGAGGUGCCAGAAUACCCGCUGCAGACCCUCUCCGUCAACCGCCUCGCCCUCGCCUCCGAAGGCUUCACCUACGACUAUUUCGAACCUCUCCUGACCCACUUCGAUCACAUCACCUCCGCCGAAGCCGCCCCGGCGGAGCUGGCGCAGUUGCGGGAGCGUCUGGUCGCCGCGGCGCCGCCCGCGCUGGAGGUGAAGUUCCGCGACAAGCGCCAUAGCCUGUGGGGACACAAGCUGUGGAACGCGGCGAAGUACGUCGUGAAGCGCAUGGACGAGCGCCUCAUCGACGUGCGCAACAAGGCCGUGAUUGAGCUUGGCGCGGGGCUCGGCGUGCCGACGCUCGCCGCCUUCAAAAACGGGGCGCGGCUCAGCGUCGUGACGGACUACCCCGAUGCGGAUCUGCUGGAUAUUAUUGCGCUGAACGUGGAGGCGAACUGCGCGGCUGGCGACGUGGACGCUGAUGUAAGGGCGGAGAUGGAGAGUCAGCUGAAGACGCGCCUCGCCCAAGACGGCCGCGAGCCGACGCCGGAGCAGCUGCGCGCUGCUGUGCAGACUCGCUGCAUUGUGGAGCCACUUCUGUGGGGUAAGCAGGAGCACAUUGAGAAGGUGAUGCAGUACACGGUAGGUGGGGCCGGCUACGACAUCGUCAUCCUCUCCGAUAUUCUCUUUAACCACGUCUGCAACGAUGCCCUGGCCGAUACGCUGGCCACCCUGCUCGCAAAGAACUCGCAGGCCGCCGCCUACUGCGUCUUCUCGCACCAUCGCGCGCACAUGCAGCUGCAUGACCUGGAGUUCUUCGACAAGUGUGUGCGCCGCGGCCUGCAGUACGUGCAGAUCGAUGAGCAGAACUAUCCGAUGAUGUUUCCAGAAGACCGCGGCCCAGAAGAGGUGCGUCAGCCAGUGAAAUGCUAUAAGAUCACCCGCCGCUACGACGCUGCGGGACACGGGCUAGACGUAAACCUGCGCUUCGACGUCGUGCUGCAGGGGACAGGGAUGGUGCAGUCGAUCCUUUCCGCCGCCCUUGCCCGGAAUGGGCUAAAGGUGCUUCACUGCGACGGCGAAGAUCACUACGGAGCGGCGAUGGCCACCUUGGAAGAUGUGGCCUUUGUGGGGUAUUUGGAGGCGCACGCCUCUGCUACCGCUCCUGCUGCUGCUCCUGUUCCUGCCCCUAUCGUGGCGAUCAACCGUAUGUCCGAACUCCCUGCUGCGUGCCGCCGCCGGUACCUGUUUGAUGUCCUGCCGAUGUCCUACCUGGCCCGUGGACCGCUGCUGCGGAAGCUUACCGCAGCCGGCAUGACGGCCUCGCUCGAGUGCCAGCACGUUGCACGCUUCCUCUUCCUGGCGCACAACAGCAACUCCGCCGCCACGACGGCGAUGGAGGUGCCGCUUACCCGGGCGAGCGUCUUCGGCAACACGGCCGUGAACCUGCUUGACAAGCGCCGCAUGAUGCGCUUCGUGAAGGACGUUGAGGCGUCAGUGGCGGAGCAGCUGCACGCCAAGACCGCCAACCCUGCGGACGACCCAGCCUACGCGAACACCUCCGUCGCGGCGGAGACGGCAGCAGCAGCGGCGGCAGCCAUAUUCGCGAAGGCGGCGGCGGCGGAUCCGCACGUCACUCUGGAGGAGCUACUACAGAAAAAGUACGCCCUUACCGGAGUCGCUCUGGAUGUGGUCUCGCUGAUGGGCAUGAUGGACGUGCUGCCGGCGCCAACGGAAGCGGCUGGUGCCCCGAAGCAACAGCAGCAUCAGCCACCUCUCGUGCAGUCUGUCGACAUGGAGCGCGACCUGCUCCUCUCCACCGGUGCCUUCGACGGCAAGUCGCCGUACUUGACGACGUCCUACGGUGCGGCGGAGAUGCCGCAAAACAUGUGUCGUGUCUCUGCCGUGUGGGGCGGCGUCUUCGUGCUCCGACGCAGCCUGCGCGGCGUUGCCGUGGAUGAAGAAAGGGAAACCCAGUACGCCGUGCUGAGCAACGGACAGUGGGUGCCCGCCAAGGUCAUCGUGGCGCCGAGCGAGUUGACCACGUCCUACCUGACCUACAACGUGCAGGACUGGUAUUACGAUGUUCUGCGGGAGCACGAACACGGCCGCGCUCCGUUGAUCCCGCUGGAGGCUGCCGGCGCCACGGCUGCCUCGUUCGUGUCGGCGGACCCGCCGAGCAGCUCCUCGGACCUGUCCACGUCUGCCGUGCGCUUCAGCCGUGUGGUACUCGCCUCCAAGACGGUGCCGCUCUUCUCCUGGGCGGCGCUGUCGGCGGCAAAGGUCAUGGAAGUGGAGGAGAGUCGCGACUACACGGCGGCGGCGCCGGUGCUGACGGCCCUGGUGCGAGAGCCGGACACACAGGCGGUCGUUUGGGUAAUGCAGCAGUCCUUUGCCUCCGACCAGGCCCCGUCGCGCGAAACGUCAGGCGGCGGAGACGCCUGUAUCGUGCACUUCACGGCGGACGCAACGGAGCUGCCGCAGGAGCAGCUCUACGCCUACGUGCAGCGCUUUUUUGUCGCCUCGGCGGAGACGGCCUCCGUCGCCGGGGCCUACCGCAUUCCACGCGACGACCUCGUCUUCGCGGCGGCCUUCACGCUGGACGCGGCGGCGGUGGCGCGGUGCGGUCUCGUGCAGGAGCCGGUCGAGCUGCCGAGUGAGACGCGGUGGACACACCUCUUCGGUUGGAUGGAGGCCACAAAGCUGCGUCAUGCGAACGCGCACGACCGGCAGCAGCUGCUGCGCAAACGCGCCUCGAUUGCUGCGGCCACGGCCGGGAAUACAACCGGCGAUGCGAAGGACGAGAGCGUUGACGAGUGCCCGUCUUCGCCGGUGACCUGCGACGGCCGGGCCGAGGAGCUGUGCCGCAACUCGGAGUACUUCCGCCUGGUGCAGGUGCCGUCGCUGCUGCCGAACUUCGUGUACGACGGCCACUACGUGCAGUGUGCGGAGGCCGCGUACGACGACGUGCUUUGCGCGCUUGGCGUGGACGGGGCGGCGAAAGACGGGCAGGAGAACUCCUACCAGUUCCUGAAGCCGCAUCCGGCGCAAUAA